AUGGCCUCCCCCGACAAACUCCCCUUGAUCCGGCUCCCUGAACCAUACAAAACAACCUACCGACUCCAAGUCGUCUCCGUCCAGCACGGAACGCGCAAGUUGCAACUUCGCCGGUCCCCGCGCGUGGACGACGGCCUCCCACCACCCGAACCCCUCCACCGCGACUCGCUGCACUUCACUGACCUCCGCGAACCCGAUCCGUUCACAACACCGCCCGACGGGAACAACUCGGCAUGGGCGCGCGCGCAACGAAGCCCAGUGACAUACUGGAACUGGGAAGGGAAGGAGCCGCCGACUGUCGCGCAGAUCUGGAAAGUCCUCUAUGCGCUCCUGACGCUGCGCACCGAGUUUGAGAUCUUCCGUGCCGUCCUCUCGGGUACGGGGAGGGAGUUGCUAGCGAGCGAGUUACAGGCUGUUGGGCUGGCGACUGUUCAUCUGAGCCCUUCUCCGCCGGGCCUCCCGAUCCCUCGGACUGCGAGCCCCGAGCUGGUGAUCUACCGCAGCACAUUCUGGCAAGGCGCCGGUUCGCCUUUCGGGUCGCGGCCAGUAUGGGUGUGCGAUCCGGAUAUCUACACCCACCUCCGAAAGCCAUUGACGGCGUUUCCCGUCCAUCCGGUGCAGCAUACGUUGACGACCGAGUCUUCUGGCGGCGUGCGCGUUCACGCCCUCCACCCCAUACGCCCUCGCAAACCGACGCCCGGGUCGAAGAUGUAUAGCCGCUACAUACCCCAGCUAGACGAGUUCUUCUCACUCUGGGCCCUGGAUUACCGGGACGACGAACACCUCCGCCUCUUCCACACGUGGCAGAACGACCCUCGCGUCGCGAAAGGAUGGAAUGAGACGGGCACACUCCAGCAACAUCGGGAGUAUCUCCGCAAAGUCGAAGAAGAUCCACACCAGAUCGCCGUCCUCGCCAAAUUCAACAACACCUUCUUCUCCUACCACCAGAUCUACUGGGCCAAGGAAAACGGCAUAGGCGCCCACUACGCCGCCGACGACUUCGACCGCGGCCGCCACUCGCUCGUCGGCGACGUGCGCUUCCGCGGCCAGCACCGCGUCAUGGUCUGGUGGUGCAGCAUCAUGCACUACAUGUUCCUGGACGAGCCGCGGACGCGGUAUAUUGUCGGCGAGCCCGAGUUCACGAACCUGACGGUCCUGGCGUACGAUCACGCGACGGGGUUCAGUCUCGAGAAGCUGAUUGAUCUCCCGCGCAAGCGCUCGGCGCUGGUCAGGUGUAGUCGGGAGAAAUUCUUCCACAUCUCGCCGUUUCGGUUUGACGGCCAGGAGAACCUUGAACGGGAUCCGUAUCGGGCGUUGAAGUUGUAG